AUGACAAAUGCUCCUGAUAAAGUUAAAUGGGUGAAUGACAUACGGGGUCGCGUCUGUUGGGUCAUACUAGCUAGCCUCUGCAUGUGUGGAUUCACACAACUGAUGAAAAUAUUCAAAGACGAGAAUCAACUUAUCUACAAGUAUAUUGGCAUGAGUUUGGUGGUUCUCUACAUGCUUCUACUAAUCAAAUCCAUCUUCUCUGAAACUCCAACCAUAGUUUACGAGUCUGGAUCGUGUCUACGGUCAUUUGUACCACUAGUGUUUUUCCUCAUCAUCUUCUUUACAAUCUAUUAUAACCAAACCCUCGAAGCCUCUAUUCUCAUAUUAUCCUUUCUUUUUGGUAUAGUGGCUUUAGUGCAAUUGCUUUUUCCCAUUGAUGAAUUUUAUGUGGGUUAUGUUGUGGUGAUCAUAGCUUUGGGGGCUUGCCUAGCAUUUGGUGCUAUAGACUGUGAUCAUGAUGAGGUCAUGUCUAUGAGGUUUAUUUUCUGGGAUAUUUUCAUGUCUGAAUUGAUAAUUGGUCUUAUCAACUAUCCAGGAAAUCACCGCUUUUUUAAUCGCUAUUGA